AUGUCGCUGCCCUCCACCCCGUCGCCGGUCGCGGCGCCGGCGGAGGCGCAGGGCGACGUCGCUGCGCUGUCGGCUGUGGCUGUCGGCGCUUCUUCGCUUCUCUCCUCGUCGGCGCUUUCCAGCGCACGCUCGUGGCCAUUUCCUGCCCUCGCCCUCGCCGCAGCGAUCGGCGUCGGCUGCACGGUCGGGUGCGUCGUGUACGCCUCGCGCGUUUUCGGCCGCCGGAGACACUGUCUCUUCGGGGGCUCCGCCGAGGCCGUGGAGGAGAAGGCGGACGAGCAGGAAGGCAAGAAGACGCGCGCGUCCGCGGCCUCGAAGGAGAUGCAGGCGACCCCAGGGGACGGGGUGGCGAGCGCCUGCUGCGGGCGGGGCCGGUGCGCAGAGGCGACGCCGUGUGGCGGCGGAAACGGCGAGAGCGGAUGCUGCGGAGGAGGUGAACAUGGCUGCGGCUGCGAGGCUCGGGCGGAGGACGCAGAGGCCGCCAGAGACGGCGAAGAGAGUGAGUACGAUCUGGAAGAUCUGCAUUCAAGCGACGAAGACAGAAACGAGGCCUUCGAGCGGACUCGCCGGCCUUACAUCCACCCCGCGCAGCGAGUGAAGCAGCUCAAGCGCGCGACGGAGAAGAAGCGAACCGGAGGAGGAGGCGCAGAGGCGGCAAACGCAGACGGCGGCGCGACGGGCAGGCACGCGACCUCCCCAGAGGGGGAGGGAGGAAAGGACUUUUUCCAACCUGGAAAAAAACAAAAAAUCUACGUCAAAACGUUCGGCUGCGCGCACAACCAGUCGGACUCCGAAUACAUGAUGGGCGUGCUGGACGCGGCGGGCUACGUGUUUGUGCCGCGCAUGGAGGAGGCGGAUCUCUGCCUGAUUAACUCAUGCACAGUGAAGAGUCCGUCGGAGUUCGCCCUAUAUUCGGUUAUCCAAGAGGCACUGCAGGUGGAGGUGCCUUCUGCGGCGGUCGUGCGCGCCCAGCAGCGCGCCAAGGCUGCGCGGAACGCCGCAGAGGCGUCGGGAGCGUGCGGCGAGGAGUGCUGCGGCAACAAAAACGAUGACGGCGUAGGCUGUGGAGGCAGCGAAGGUGCGGAAGAGGACGCCUGCGGCAGCGCGGCCUGCGCGUGCGCCUCGGAGUCUGCGGCGAACGCGCCGGGAGAGAAGAAGGAAGCGGAGGCGGAGAGAGCGGCGAACGGCGCGGGCGACGCGAAGGCCAAAUCGAGUCACACGGCGAGGCGGCGGCCGAUUCCCUGCGUGGUGGCGGGCUGCGUCCCUCACGGCAUCGGAGGCGAGGUCCGCGACGGCGCGAAGAAGAAAGCGAGCAAGCAGGCAGGUGGCGAAGGCGCGCGCGCGAACGGGCGGGGUAAGCGGCAAGCCGAGCAACGCGACCUCAUCAAGGACUGCUCAGUCGUGGGCGUCAACGCCAUCGACCGAAUCGUGGAAGUCGUCGAGGAGGCACUCAAAGGCAACGUCGUUCAACUUGGAGGCAAACGCAAGUUGCCUUCGUUGGACCUGCCGAAGAUCCGCCGCAACGCGCUCGUCGAGAUCGUGCCGAUUUCCACCGGCUGCCUGGGCAGCUGCACAUACUGCAAGACCAAGCAUGCGCGGGGCGAGUUGGGCAGCUACACGGAAGAAGCGAUCGAGAGUCGCAUCGAGACUGCACUCGCCGAAGGCGUCAAGCAGGUGUGGCUCACUUCGGAAGACUCAGGCGCCUACGGGCUAGACCGCGGAAGCAGCUUGACGGCGUUGCUCUCACGGCUGCUGCACGGCCCCUUCGACCGGCGAAAGGAUCCGUCGAUUAUGCUCCGCGUCGGCAUGGCGAACCCCCCGUUCCUGCUUCAGCAGCUCAAGAAAGCCGUUCAGGUCUUUGCGCACCCCAACGUCUUCGAGUUCCUCCACCUGCCUCUCCAGUCCGGCAGCAACAACGUCCUCCUCGCCAUGAAUCGCGAAUACACAGCGGAGCAGUUCGAAGUCGUCGUGCGAACGCUGCUGGAGCACUUCCCGCGAAUGACGAUUGCCACCGACAUCAUCUGCGGGUUCCCUGGAGAGACCGACGAGGAUCACCAGAGAACGCUCGACAUCAUCAAGAAAUUCAAGUUCCCCGUGGUAAACAUCUCCCAGUUCUAUCCUCGCCCCGGCACGGUGGCCGCGGCGAUGAAGCAGCUGUCCUCUCAGGUUGUGAAGCGACGAAGUCGAGAGAUCACCGCACUCUUUGAAAGCUACACGUGCUACGACUGGAUGCUGCACACGACGCAAAUGGUGUGGUUUACCUCCACCUCGGAGAAGAGUCCGCACACCGUCGGGCAGACGAAGCAGUACGUGAAGGUCUUGACGCCGAGGGAUGAUUCACUUCUCGGAACGUGCUGCCUGAUGCACAUCACCGCCGUCGAAAAGUGGCACGUCGUUGCUGUGCGGGCGGAGCCCACCGGCAACGCAAGCUCGAAACUGACUGCGUGA